AUGAGAAUACAAUCAGAUUCUAGGGGUAACCCAGAGCAAAAUCUCUCCCAACACUGUAACAUAGACCUGACUUCCAUAGCACUCAAGAUGCCUACGAUGAAUCACAGUAACGGUGCUGAAGACAUGAUGACCAAACCACACAUCAGAAGAUGGGAAAACGACGACAUUUGGGAGCCAGAACUGUCAGGUGUGCACACAUGUGAGCCGCCCUUGCAGGAGCCAGAACUGUCAGGUGUGCACACAUGUGAGCCGCCCUUGCAGGAGCCAGAACUGUCAGGUGUGCACACAUGUGAGCCGCCCUUGCAGGAGCCAGAACUGUCAGGUGUGCACACAUGUGAGCCGCCCUUGCAGGAGCCAGAACUGUCAGGUGUGCACACAUGUGAGCCGCCCUUGCAGGAGCCAGAACUGUCAGGUGUGCACCAGUUGCCUAGAGCAGCAGACCUCACAUCCCCAGCUAGAGCAGCAGACCUCACAUCCCCAGCUAGAGCAGCAGACCUCACAUCCCCAGCUAGAGCAGCAGACCUCACAUCCCCAGCUAGAGCAGCAGACCUCACAUCCCCAGCUAGAGCAGCAGACCUCACAUCCCCAGCUAGAGCAGCAGACCUCACAUCCCCAGCUAGAGCAGCAGACCUCACAUCCCCAGCUAGAGCAGCAGACCUCACAUCCCCAGCUAGAGCGGCAGACCUCACAUCCCCAGCUAGAGCAGCAGACCUCACAUCCCCAGCUAGAGCGGCAGACCUCACAUCCCCAGCUAGAGCAGCAGACCUCACAUCCCCAGCUAGAGCAGCAGACCUCACAUCCCCAGCUAGAGCAGCAGAACUCACAUCCCCAGCUACAGCAGCAGACCUCACAUCCCCAGCUAGAGCAGCAGACCUCACAUCCCCAGCUAGAGCAGCAGACCUCACAUCCCCAGCUACAGCAGCAGACCUCACAUCCCCAGCUAGAGCAGCAGACCUCACAUCCCCAGCUAGAGCAGCAGACCUCACAUCCCCAGCUAGAGCAGCAGAUCUCACAUCCCCAGUAUUGUCUGGGGAGUUGCGAGGUACGCGCACGAUGCUCGUACGUGCACCACGUACUUAG